CUGGAGCACGGAGCAAAUGGAGCUAAGAGCGAGGAGCGCCAGCUUUCCAUCACCCCGCCCCAUUCUCCCGCUUUCCAUCACCCCGCCCCAUUCUCCCUCUUUCCAUCACCCCGCCCCAAUCUCCCGCUUUCCAUCACCCCGCCCCAUUCUCCCUCUUUCCAUAACCCCGCCCCAUUCUCCCGCUUUCCAUCUCCCCGCUCCAUUCUCCUGCUUUCCAUCACCCCGCCCCAUUCUCCCGAUUUCUAUCACCCCGUCCGAUUUUCCUGCUUUCCAUCACCCCGCCCCAUUCUCCCUCUUUCCAUCACCCCGCCCCGUUCUCCCUCUUUCCAUCACCCCGCCCCGUUCUCCCGCUUUCCAUCACCCCGCCCCAUUCUCCCGCUUUCCAUCACCCCGCCCCAUUCUCCCGCUUUCCAUCACCCCGCCCCAUUCUCCCGCUUUCCAUCACCCCGCCCCAUUCUCCCGCUUUCCAUCACCCCGCCCCAUUCUCCAGCUUUCCAUCACCCCGCCCCAUUCUCCCGCUUUCUAUCACCCCGUCCGAUUUUCCUGCUUUCCAUCACCCCGCCCCAUUCUCCCUCUUUCCAUCACCCCGCCCCAUUCUCCCUCUUUCCAUCACCCCGCCCCAUUCUCCCGCUUUCCAUCACCCCGCCCCAUUCUCCCGCUUUCCAUCACCCCGCCCCAUUCUCCCGCUUUCCAUCACCCCGCCCCGUUCUCCCGCUUUCCAUCACCCCGCCCCAUUCUCCCUCUUUCCAUCACCCCGCCCCGUUCUACCGCAUUCCAUCACCCCGCCCCAUUUUCCCGCUUUCCAUCACCCCGCCCCAUUCUCCCUCUUUCCAUCACCCCGCCCCAAUCUCCCGCUUUCCAUCACCCCGCCCCAUUCUCCAGCUUUCCAUCACCCCGCCCCAUUCUCCCGCUUUCCAUCACCCCGCCCCAUUCUCCCUCUUUCCAUCACCCCGCCCCAAUCUCCCGCUUUCCAUCACCCCGCCCCAUUCUCCAGCUUUCCAUCACCACGCCCCAUUCUCCCGCUUUCCAUCUCCCCGCUCCAUUCUCCUGCUUUCCAUCACCCCGCCCCAUUCUCCCGAUUUCUAUCACCCCGUCCGAUUUUCCUGCUUUCCAUCACCCCGCCCCAUUCUCCCUCUUUCCAUCACCCCGCCCCGUUCUCCCUCUUUCCAUCACCCCGCCCCGUUCUCCCGCUUUCCAUCACCCCGCCCCAUUCUCCCGCUUUCCAUCACCCCGCCCCAUUCUCCCGCUUUCCAUCACCCCGCCCCAUUCUCCCGCUUUCCAUCACCCCGCCCCAUUCUCCCGCUUUCCAUCACCCCGCCCCAUUCUCCAGCUUUCCAUCACCCCACCCCAUUCUCCCGCUUUCUAUCACCCCGUCCGAUUUUCCUGCUUUCCAUCACCCCGCCCCAUUCUCCCUCUUUCCAUCACCCCGCCCCAUUCUCCCUCUUUCCAUCACCCCGCCCCAUUCUCCCGCUUUCCAUCACCCCGCCCCAUUCUCCCGCUUUCCAUCACCCCGCCCCAUUCUCCCGCUUUCCAUCACCCCGCCCCGUUCUCCCGCUUUCCAUCACCCCGCCCCAUUCUCCCUCUUUCCAUCACCCCGCCCCGUUCUCCCGCAUUCCAUCACCCCGCCCCAUUCUCCCGCUUUCCAACACCCCGCCCCAUUCUCCCGCUUUCCAUCACCCCGCCCGAUUCUCCCGCUUUCCAUCACCCCGCCCGAUUCUCCCGCUUUCCAUCACCCCGCCCGAUUCUCCCGCUUUCCAUCACCCCGCCCGAUUCUCCCGCUUUCCAUCACCCCGCCCCAUUCUCCCGCUUUCCAUCAUCCCGCCCCAUUCUUUCGCUUUCCAUCACCCGCCCCAUUCUCCCGUUUUCCAUCACCCCGCCCCAUUCUCCCGCUUUCCAUCACCCCGUCCCAUUCUCCCUCUUUCCAUCACCCCGCCCCAUUCUCCCGCUUUCCAUCACCCGCCCCAUUCUCCCGCUUUCGAUCACCCCGCCCCAUUCUUCCGCUUUCCAUCACCCCGCCCCAUUCUCCCGCUUUCCAUCACCCCGCCCCAUUCUCCCGCUUUCCAUCACCUGCCCCAUUCUCCCGCUUUCCAUCACCCCACCCCAUUCUCCGGCUUUCCAUCACCCCGCCCCAUUCUCCCCCUUUCCAUCACCCCGCCCCAUUCUCCCUCUUUCCAUCACCCCGCCCCAUUCUCCCUCUUUCCAUCACUCCGCCCCAUUCUCCCGCUUUCCAUCACCCCGCCCCAUUUUCCCUCUUUCCAUCACCCCGCUUCAUUCUCCCUCUUUCCAUCACCCCGCCCCAUUCUCCCUCUUUCCGUAACCCCGCCCCAUUCUCCCGCUUUCCAUCACCCCGCCCCAUUCUCCCGCUUUCCAUCACCCCUCCCCAUUCUCCCGCUUUCCAGCACCCCGCCCCAUUCUCCCGCUUUCCAUCACCCCGCCCCAUUCUCCCGCUUUCCAUCACCCCGCCCCAUUCUCCCGCUUUCCAUCACCCCGCCCCAUUCUCCCGCUUUCCAUCACCCCGCCCCAUUCUCCCUCUUUCCAUCACCCCGCCCCAUUCUCCCUUUUUCCAUAACCCCGCCCCAUUCUCCCGCUUUCCAUCACCCCGCCCCAUUCUCCCGCUUUCCAUCACCCCUCCCCAUUCUCCCGCUUUCCAGCACCCCGCCCCAUUCUCCCGCUUUCCAUCACCCCGCCCCAUUCUCCCGCUUUCCAGCACCCCGCCCCAUUCUCCCUCUUUCCAUCACCCCGUCCCAUUCUCCCGCUUUCCAUCACCCCGCCCCAUUCUCCCUCAUUCCAACACCCCGCCUGAUUCUCCCGCCUUCCGUCACCCCGCCCCAUUCUCCCGCUUUCCAUAACUCCGCCCCAUUCUCCCGCUUUCCAUCACCCCGCCCCAUUCUCCCUCUUUCCAUCACCUCGCCCCAUUCUCCCGCUGUCCAUCACCCGCCCCAUUCUCCCGCUUUCCAUCACCCGCCCCAUUCUCCCGCUUUCCAUCACCCCGCCCCAUUCUCCCUCUUUCCAUCACCCCGCCCCAUUCUCCCUCUUUCCAUCACCCCACCCCAUUCUCCCGCUUUCCAUCACCCCACCCCAUUCUCCCGCUUUCCAUCACCCCGCCCCGUUCUCCCGCUUUCCAUCACCCCGCCCCUUUCUCCCGCUUUCCAUCACCCCGCCCCAUUCUCCCUCUUUCCAUCACCCCGCCCCAUUCUCCCGCUUUCCUUCACCCCGCCCCAUUCUCCCUCUUUCCAUCACCCCGCCCCAUUCUCCCGCUUUCCAGCACCCCGCCCCAUUCUCCUGCUUUCCAUCACCCCGCCCCAUUCUCCCUUUUUCCAUCACCCCGCCCCAUUCUCCCGGUUUCCAUCACCCCGCCCCAUUCUCCCGCUUUCCAUCACCCCGCCCCAUUCUCCCUCUUUCCAUCAUCCCGCCCCAUUCUCCCGCUUUCCAUCACCCCGCCCCAUUCUCCCGCUUUCCAUCACCCCGCCCCAUUCUCCCGCUUUCCAUCACCCCGCUCCAUUCUCCCGCUUUCCAGCACCCCGCCCCAUUCUCUCUCUUUCCAUCACCACGCCCCAUUCUCCCUCUUUCCAUCACCCUGCCCCAUUCACCCUCUUUCCAUCACCUUGCCCCAUUCUCCCGCUUUCCAUCACCCCGCCCCAUUCUCCCUCUUUCCAUCACCCCGCCCCAUUCUCCCGCUUUCCAUCACCCCGCCCAUUCUCCCGCUUUCCAUCACCCCUCCCCAUUCUCCCGCUUUCCAGCACCCCGCCCCAUUCUCCCGCUUUCCAUCACCCCGCCCCAUUCUCCCGCUUUCCAGCACCCCGCCCCAUUCUCCCGCUUUCCAUCACCCCGUCCCAUUCUCCCGCUUUCCAUCACCCCGCCCCAUUCUCCCGCAUUCCAACACCCCGCCUGAUUCUCCCGCCUUCCGUCACCCCGCCCCAUUCUCCCGCUUUCCAUCACCCCGCCCCAUUCUCCCGCUUUCCAUCACCCCUCCCCAUUCUCCCGCUUUCCAGCACCCCGCCCCAUUCUCCCGCUUUCCAUCACCCCGCCCCAUUCUCCCGCUUUCCAUCACCCCGCCCCAUUCUCCCGCUUUCCAUCACCCCGCCCCAUUCUCCCGCUUUCCAUCACCCCGCCCCAUUCUCCCUCUUUCCAUCACCCCGCCCCAUUCUCCCUCUUUCCAUAACCCCGCCCCAUUCUCCCGCUUUCCAUCACCCCGCCCCAUUCUCCCGCUUUCCAUCACCCCUCCCCAUUCUCCCGCUUUCCAGCACCCCGCCCCAUUCUCCCGCUUUCCAUCACCCCGCCCCAUUCUCCCGCUUUCCAGCACCCCGCCCCAUUCUCCCUCUUUCCAUCACCCCGUCCCAUUCUCCCGCUUUCCAUCACCCCGCCCCAUUCUCCCUCAUUCCAACACCCCGCCUGAUUCUCCCGCCUUCCGUCACCCCGCCCCAUUCUCCCGCUUUCCAUAACUCCGCCCCAUUCUCCCGCUUUCCAUCACCCCGCCCCAUUCUCCCUCUUUCCAUCACCUCGCCCCAUUCUCCCGCUGUCCAUCACCCGCCCCAUUCUCCCGCUUUCCAUCACCCGCCCCAUUCUCCCGCUUUCCAUCACCCCGCCCCAUUCUCCCUCUUUCCAUCACCCCACCCCAUUCUCCCUCUUUCCAUCACCCCACCCCAUUCUCCCGCUUUCCAUCACCCCGCCCCAUUCUCCCGCUUUCCAUCACCCCGCCCCGUUCUCCCGCUUUCCAUCACCCCGCCCCCUUCUCCCGCUUUCCAUCACCCCGCCCCAUUCUCCCUCUUUCCAUCACCCCGCCCCAUUCUCCCGCUUUCCUUCACCCCGCCCCAUUCUCCCUCUUUCCAUCACCCCGCCCCAUUCUCCCGCUUUCCAGCACCCUGCCCCAUUCUCCUGCUUUCCAUCACCCCGCCCGAUUCUCCCUUUUUCCAUCACCCCGCCCCAUUCUCCCAGUUUCCAUCACCCCGCCCCAUUCUCCCGCUUUCCAUCACCCCGCCCCAUUCUCCCUCUUUCCAUCAUCCCGCCCCAUUCUCCCGCUUUCCAUCACCCCGCCCCAUUCUCCCGCUUUCCAUCACCCCGCCCCAUUCUCCCGCUUUCCAUCACCCCGCUCCAUUCUCCCGCUUUCCAGCACCCCGCCCCAUUCUCUCUCUUUCCAUCACCACGCCCCAUUCUCCCUCUUUCCAUCACCCUGCCCCAUUCACCCUCUUUCCAUCACCUUGCCCCAUUCUCCCGCUUUCCAUCACCCCGCCCCAUUCUCCCUCUUUCCAUCACCCCGCCCCAUUCUCCCGCUUUCCAUCACCCCGCCCCAUUCUCCCGCUUUCCAUCACCCCUCCCCAUUCUCCCGCUUUCCAGCACCCCGCCCCAUUCUCCCGCUUUCCAUCACCCCGCCCCAUUCUCCCGCUUUCCAGCACCCCGCCCCAUUCUCCCGCUUUCCAUCACCCCGCCCCAUUCUCCCGCAUUCCAACACCCCGCCUGAUUCUCCCGCCUUCCGUCACCCCGCCCCAUUCUCCCGCUUUCCAUAACUCCACCCCAUUCUCCCGCUUUCCAUCACCCCGCCCCAUUCUCCCUCUUUCCAUCACCUCGCCCCAUUCUCCCGCUUUCCAUCACCCGCCCCAUUCUCCCGCUUUCCAUCACCCGCCCCAUUCUCCCGCUUUCCAUCACCCCGCCCCAUUCUCCCUCUUUCCAUCACCCCGCCCCAUUCUCCCUCUUUCCAUCACCCCACCCCAUUCUCCCGCUUUCCAUCACCCCGCCCCAUUCUCCAGCUUUCCAUCACCCCGCCCCAUUCUCCCGCUUUCCAUCACCCCGCCCCAUUCUCCCGCUUUCCAUCACCCCGCCCCAUUCUCCCUCUUUCCAUCACCCCGCCCCAUUCUCCCGCUUUCCUUCACCCCGCCCCAUUCUCCCUCUUUCCAUCACCCCGCCCCAUUCUCCCGCUUUCCAGCACCCCGCCCCAUUCUCCUGCUUUCCAUCACCCCGCCCGAUUCUCCCCUUUUCCAUCACCCCGCCCCAUUCUCCCGGUUUCCAUCACCCCGCCCCAUUCUCCCGCUUUCCAUCACCCCGCCCCAUUCUCCCUCUUUCCAUCAUCCCGCCCCAUUCUCCCGCUUUCCAUCACCCCGCCCCAUUCUCCCGCUUUCCAUCACCGCGCCCCAUUCUCCCGCUUUCCAUCACCCCGCUCCAUUCUCCCGCUUUCCAGCACCCCGCCCCAUUCUCUCUCUUUCCAUCACCACGCCCCAUUCUCCCUCUUUCCAUCACCCUGCCCCAUUCACCCUCUUUCCAUCACCUCGCCCCAUUCUCCCGCUUUCCAUCACCCCGCCCCAUUCUCCCUCUUUCCAUCACCCCGCCCCAUUCUCCCUCUUUCCAUCACCCCGCCCCAUUCUCCCUCUUUCCAUAACCCCGUCCCAUUCUCCCGCUUUCUAUCACCCCGCCCCAUUCUCCCGCUUUCCAUCACCCCGCCCCAUUCUCCCGCUUUCCAACACCCCGCCCCAUUCUCCCGCUUUCCAUCACCCCGCCCGAUUCUCCCGCUUUCCAUCACCCCGCCCCAUUCUCCCGCUUUCCAUCACCCCGCCCCAUUCUCCCGCUUUCCAUCACCCCGCCCCAUUCUUGCGGAGAUAA